CUACAUUAUACAACCUCAUAAUUCAUUUUCCUUUUCUUUUUUUUUUUAUCAUUAAUUACAAAAAUCUUCAAAAUCCUAGCCUCACCCUCUUGUAACCAAUAAAAAUCAUUCAUUCUAUCUUGUUGGAUCACCUUCCCAAAUUUUCCCUUGUCCCUUUCCUAUAUUAUCAAAAUUAACUCCUCUAUCUCUAUUCCCUCCACUUGUAACUUAAUUCCUUUUCUUUCCCACUUCUCUUAACAACCACAAACUUCUUUUCCCUCCCUCCCUCCCUCCCUCCUCUCAUGGCCACCAUCCACCACCACUACUCCUCCGCGGUCCGCCGCCCUCAUCGACAUUCCUUUGAUUAUUCUUCCCUUCCUUCCUCCACCACCUCCUCCCUUUCCCUUAAACACCCCAUCUCAUCCUUCUCUCCCCACAUGAUCACAUUCCCCCUCUCUUCCACUUCCAUCAAUGCCGCCACCACCACCACUCCUACCACCUCCCCCGACACCGCCUUUUCCCUCGACAUUCUCCAAAAACACCUCGCCUCCGGAGACUUCCGUCAAGCCGACGAUGAAACUCGCCGCCUACUCAUCGUUUUAGCCGGUGAAGCUGCCAUUAAAAGAGGCUAUGUUUACUUCACAGAAGUUCAAUUCAUUCCUAAGGAUGAUCUUAAAGCCAUUGAUGAGCUUUGGAAGAAGUUCAGCGAUGGCAGAUAUGGGUAUAGUGUUCAAAAAAAGAUAUGGGUAAAAGUUAAUAAGGAUUUUACAAGGUUCUUUAUUAAGGUAGGGUGGAUGAAAAAGCUUGAUACUGAAAUUGAGCAAUUUAAUUACAGGUCUUUUCCUAAUGAAUUUAUGUGGGAAUUUAAUGUUAAUGAUGGAGAUGAAACAAAUAAAAAUAACCCACCAGAAGGACAUUUACCAUUGACUAAUGCUUUGAGAGGAACUCAGCUUUUAAACUGUAUUUUCAGUCAUCCUGCUUUUCAAGAUGAUGAAGAUAAUGAAGAAGGAAGUGAUAAAGAAGUAGAUGUUGCUAAUGAUAAUUCUGAUAACAAGAAAUCAAGGUUUGCUUCCUUAAGGGAUAGAUUAUUUAAGCCUAAUUAUAGCUUUUAAUUAGGAACUUAAUUAAUUAUUAUGUUAUUUUUGUUUUUCUAUAUAUAAUAUGGUUAGGGGUGUAAGUAAUUUGGUGAAAAACCGAACAUCGAACCAAACCAGAUCGAAUAAGUAAUUUGGUUUGACUAUAUUUUAAAUUUGGUUUGGUUUGGACUGAGUUUUAAUUAUAAUUCGGUGUUCGGUUUGGACUCGGUCUAGGGUCCAACAAAACCAAAAAAAACCGAAAAAACUGAAAUGCUAAAGACAUGUUAUAUCUUCCAUUUGAUUUGUUUAAAUUUUUGCCCUUAUUUUAGAUUUUUGUUAAAAUAUUUUUACUUGUUCAAAUUAAAAACCCUAAAAUUAUUAAUAUUUAUUUAGAAGCUUUAGAAAGAAUAAGUUUGAAAUAAUAUAUGCAAAUUUGAUAUUUGGUGUAAAAUAUACAAAUCGGUGCAAUUCGGUUUAUUCGGUUCAAUUUGGAUUGGUAUUUUAAAAUUCGGUUCAGUUCAAUUUGGAUUAUAAAUUUAUGAUUUGAAUUUGGACUAAAAAUAUCAAAAUCGAAUUUUAUUCAAUUUGAUUUGAAUUUGUAUCGAAUCCGAACCAAAAACCAAACCUUCACCCCUAUAUUUAGGGCAGUAUAAGACUAUAAAUAGCAAGUAUUAUUAUUGUUAAGAAAAUUCUCCAUCUUUUGGCUUUUGAUGGGUUUUGUUUAGUAAAUCAAUUAAUGUAUAUUUGACGUUUUUAAGUAAAAGUGUACAAAUUUUAGUACAUGAGUCUAUGGGAUAAAUCAUUAGCAUGCAUUUUGUUAAA